CUAGUACAUCUUUAGGGGCAAUGUAUCACUGUCUUGUCGAAAUAAGACUAGAAGUAUAACGUUACAUCGACCACCUGUAACUAAUACAACAUUCCCAUGCUCAUCGUGUCCGCUUGUGAACGGAGCUUCCCCAUUCAGCUAGCUAGAUAGCAGCCAUUGAUGUAACGUUAGCAGGUUUCCAAUGAAACUAGAUAGCUGGUUUUAUUAGCUAGCUAGCUUUACGCGAGAUCGCUAGGUUAGCCAUUGCAGCUGCUCAUGUAUGGUGUCGCAAUGUUUACGAUUGUUUUUCCAAAUACUUUUGUCGGUAAACACAACUAAUGUGGGCUUCACUUGGCAUGCAGCCAGUUUCAAAAGAAGACACAUUUAGCUAGCUGGAUGCAACAUGCGUUGAACGUAAAAAAAAUCUGUAACAUGAUAUGCAAUAAACUAUAGGCUAUGCAUGCACAUAUGCUAUGUGGCAAAUUGCAAUAGUGUUAAAAUAACUAGCUCGGUUUAUGACCAAAAUACCGACCAUAACCGCAACAAUAGUGGGAGUGUUUGGUCCUUUCACACACCAACAGGUUCACCCAUAGAAUUAGGAAUUCCUUUAAUAGGAUCUCUAUGGGUUCACCCACCUACCGGUAACCCGGCAACCACUCCCAGCACUGGAGGAGGGGGGAAACGCUCGGCCCAGGAGGUCAGCCCUGGCCCGGGGAAGGUGUCCACCUCAAGCCACCCGGUACCCCCGGCCCCCAAAGUCUCCAAGAUAGGAUUUGGUCUGAUCAGCCAGCCUAUAAAGAAGCCUGCGCCCAUCUCCAUCAAGCUGGGUGCUAGUAAACCCAAAGAGCCUGUACCUGUACCUGCCAAGAAACCAGCUCUGGCCUCGGUUUUCAAUGUUGACUCUGAUGAUAGUGAGGAGGAGAUGCCUGCAGAAGCCAAGAUGAGGAUGAAGAACAUUGGCAGGGAGACGCCCACGUCAGCAGGCCCCAACUCCUUCAACAAGGGGAAGCAGGGAUUCUCCGACCACCAGAAGCUCUGGGAGAGGAAGCUCAAGUCUCAGACGGACACUGACCAAUAGGGCUCCGCCUCAUUGGUUAUUAGUCACAGUAAGACCAGUAGGGCUCGGCCUUACUGGGUUGCUAAUGACAACAGUCAAACUGCACACCGUGUUUGAUUUUGUGUGGAAUGAUGUCACCUUGAUUGAGUGCUGCUUCUCUUCCUUUUGACUGUUGACGAUGGUGUAAAAACAAUGUACAUACUGCUAUGUAAUGAUGGGGAGACAUUCGUGCUAUCAACCAUAGUUUUUUGUUUUGUUUUAAGCGUGUGUGUGUGUGUGUGUGUGUGUGUGUGUAUGUGUGUGUGUGUGUGUGUGUGUGUGUGUGUGUGUGUGUGUGUGUGUGUGUGUGUGUGUGUGUGUGUGUGUGUGUGUGUGUGUGUGUGUGUGUGUGUGUGUUAUAUAGCAGACUGGAGUGGGUGUAGUUCAGAGCAAUGAGGAUACGUUUUGGGAAAGGGAACUUCAAGACAACUUAAUAAUAGUUUGACUCAUCUAGGAUAUAUCACUACUUUAUAACAGUCCUAACAGGGUUUUCAACCCUGGCCUUUCCCUCACUGUCUGUCAUGCCUUUACAGAGUGAUCCCAGACAGGAACCAUUUCUCCCGUGCCUGAGGUUGACAUGUAGAAAUAUUCAUAUUAGGACAAUAAACUUACAUUCAAUUCCAAAAUGAAA